CCCAUUAAGGACGCAACUAUAACUGAGAGCGAGAAAUAUAUUUACAUAUGUAGAAUUUAAAAGUAAAUACUCCUAAUAUCUUUUUUGUGGUUUGUCAGGUCGUGCAAAAGAAACUAAAAUAUUUUAAUCUGGUAACAUUUCGUGUCUAUGGCACAAGCGCAAAAUGACUUUUGAGUGAGUAGGUGCCGAAGGAUUGCCAACGAUUGAAUUUAUUUUAUUUUGUGAUUGACCAUGUCAUUUUCGGAUUUGUACGCCAAAUAUAAUUGUACUUAUUGUCAGGAAGAAAUAAAUGGUAUUAGAGUAAGAUGUACAGAAUGCACAGAUUUUGAUAUUUGCCUGCAGUGUUUUUCUUUGGGUGCUGAAAUAGGAUCUCAUAAAAAUGACCACGCAUAUCAGUUUAUGGACUCUGGAGCAUUUGGAAUAUUCUUAGGCCGAAGUAGUUGGUCUGCAAAUGAGGAAGUAAGACUGUUAGAUGCAAUAGAGCAAUUUGGAUUUGGUAACUGGGAAGAUAUUGCCAAACAUAUAGAAUCAAGAACACCAGAAGAGGCCAAAGACGAGUAUAUAACUAGGUACUUAGAAGGCAGUAUUGGACGGGCAACCUGGGGCAAUGUGGAGAGCACUAGCCGGCCCACACUGCUCUGCGCAGACAGAGAUGAGGGCCCACUUGGGCCUAGUGCAGUAUCUAGAUUGCCGCCUUUGGCAGUGUCUGCUGAGGAGGCAACACAGCUUAGUUAUAUGCCCAAUAGAGAUGACUUUGAAAGGGAACAUGAUCACGAGGCCGAACAGUUGAUAUCAACUCUAUCCAUCAGCCCCGAAGAUGAUGAGUUGGAUGUUGCGUUGAAACUCUCCCAAGUGGACCUAUACACGCGGCGCCUGCGCGAGCGCACGCGGCGGAAGCGGCUGGUGCGCGACUACCAGCUGGUCUCAGUAUUCUUCAACAACCAAAGAAACAAGCAGAAGCUGCUCUCCAAACUAGCCAAAGAGAAGAAAGAGUUCACGGAGCGCCUGCGCUGGACGGCGCAGUUCUACGGGCGCGCGGAGCACUCGGGCGUGGUGGGCGGGCUGUGGCGCGAGCGCGAGCUGCGCGUGCGGCUGGCCGAGCUGCACCGCUACCGCCUGGCCGGCGUCACGCGCCUCGAGGAGUGCGCGCACUACGAGCAGCACGCCGCGCAGCGCAAGCCCCACGCGCACCACGACGUGAGAACACGACUCUAUGCUUUAUGCCCCAGCCCCAGCCCCAGCUCUACACUCAUUCACUUUUGGGGCAGCAGUGGGUGCCCGGACAGCAGCCAGACAAAAGAGUCAACGCCGACCAGCACGCUGCUGCAAAGAAAAAGAGACGGAGAAAGCGGCUCAAGUUCCACCAGCCCAAAGUGCACACGGGACGGAAGUACCGCAUGUGGAUGCUGCAGAAAGAGCUCAUGCAGCGGCGGCUGCUCGAAGCGGCUGCUGACAACUAACGAGAUACAGCUGUGCGCCGCGCUGAACCUGGCGCCCACGCAGUACGUGACCAUGAAGGGCGUGCUGCUGCGGCGCCCGGCCGCGCUGGACGCCGAGCUGGACGCCGCCGUGCGCCUCUACCUGCAGCGCGCCGGCUGGGUGCACUGACAUACACACGUACACACAUACUCAUAUACGACACUAGGGCACUUCAUUUCUUACAGUUUUUACGCGUUAUGCUGGAGCAUGGAAUAGUAAACACUUGAGUAAAAUUACAGACUGAAAUAAGUAAUGUACAGGCUGAUUUCGCGAGUGCCGAUGUGCAAAUGUUAUGUGUGCUUGCACUUGGUGAUAAUAACUGGAGCUACUUGCGCAAGGUGUGCUGGCCUGCGCGUUAACUUGCAUCAGUCGCUUAGACCGCGCUGGUUACUUGCGUGGGUGGGUACUUUGUCAGUAGAAAAAGGUACGAAAUUCAAAUUUUCUAUGAAAGGACGAUCCUUCGCGCCUAUUUUUUUUAAUUGCCGCUUUUUUCUACUGACGGAAAAGGCGUGCCAAACUAUAUUAUAUAUUAACCUUUUGACCCUCAAACAUGUCAUUUGACGCGCGCGGCUACAGCGCAAUAUCAACCUUCGUGCUUUUCAAUAAGGUUGACGAUAGCGCGCCGCGCACGCUAGGCGCGGCGUUCAAACGGUUGAAAACAUACAUAGCUUUGUCUGAGGCCUACUGGGAAAACCGAAAUUCGCAAGUUGCGGGGAUAUUUCUCUUUUACUCUCACUAAAACAUAAUUAGAGUAACAGAGAAAAAUGCCCGCAAUUGACGAACUUCGAUUUUCGCGGUUAUAGCCCUGAGUGGACGCUCGUUCGGCACGGCGUGGCGUGGGGCUCACGAGUGCUGUGAGCAGCGCGCACUAAAGCCGCUGCUAUACGCUAGCAUUUGGUCAACAUGCACACCCCGCCCCGUCCCCGUCCCGCUGCACGCACAACGAGCGUCCACUCAGCCCUUACACUUAGUCGUGCGCCGUAGUUGACUUAAUCAUAGGCCAUUAUGUGCAGGUGAGAUACGUAACUAGCACACAUUACUAGUGGUAAAGCGUCCUUAGAACCCGAUUCCCACCGGCUUAUUUAUGAAGGAACCAUUGCUUUGGUUUACUUGGGUAUGUUUAACGCUUUACCAAUGGCAAUACAUAAAGUAUUUAUAGCUAUAAUUUUUUCUUUCUUUUUAAAAAAAAGAUACCAUAUUAAAGUUUAAAAUAUUAAUAAAUAUCUAUUUUUAUGACGUUAAAGUCGAUAUCCAAAUAAUUUCCAGUAACUAAGUAAGGCAAAAGUUUUUGCACCUUAUUGUGACUUCUAUUUUAGCCUAAUUCUUCUUGCUGUGUAUUUAGUAUACGAAAUAUAGUAACCUUGUUAGUAACUGAAAUAUUCAGAGGGUCUAGCCAAGAUGCCAAACGUUUGCGCGGUAGCGAA